CGGUGGUUCAGUGGUAGAAUGCUCGCCUGCCACGCGGGCGGCCCGGGUUCGAUUCCCGGCCGAUGCAUCCUUUUAAUUUUGCAACUAUGGACACCCACUAUAGGCAACUUUAUUAACUGUAAAUUCCCGCAGUAAAUUUCUCCAUUAGUCAUACGUAUGUGAUAUUGGUUUACUUCUUGAUUGUUUAUAAUUUGUUAAUUUCCAUAACCAAUUAACUGCAGUGAACUCCAGUGUUUGCCUUUUAGUGUAACGCAAUUAGUCGUAAUUAUUGUAACCAACGUAACCAAUGUGACUACCCUAACUUCUCAGAUAUGGCCCAUGGAACAAGUGGUAACCUCUACAACAUUUCAAUUAAAGUUUUAACAACAAGAACAGUUAAACAGUUAUGUGAUUCGUUAAAUACUUUGAUGAUAUUACCUGCAGAAAAUGGAUUAUUAAGAGACUGGCGAGGACUUUCAGAGCUUCUACAUAUUGAUGUAUCAGUGCUAGAAAAGCAGUCAAACCCAACUGAAAAAUUACUGCAGCUAGCUCAAAGUGAUGAACAAAAAAAUACAAUUGAAACAUUGAUAUCAUGUUUAGAAGCUUUAGAUAGAUUUGAUGUUAUUGAUGACUAUCAAGAAUUGAUUGAUAUAGAUAUAAGGCAAUAUAUUACAAUCAAACAGGAUUCACUUGCUGCAUCAAUAGCACCAGUAUGCCAAACUAAACCAUAUGAUGCAAUGGUGUUAUAUGCAGAGGCUGAUGUAGAUUUUGCAUAUGAUUUGGUUGAUGUCAUGGAGAAGAAUUAUGACAUGAGACUAUUUGUAAAGGAUAGAAAUUUAAUGGCUGGUGAUAAAGAGGUACAGGCAACUAUGAGUGUGAUUGCCGACUUUAGUAAUAAAUUGAUUGUGAUUUUGUCACCUGAUUUUCUAACUAGUCCUACAAAUGAGUUUUUUCUAGAUUAUGCCCAAACUAUUGCUAUAGAACAGCAAACUAGGAAAAUUAUUCCGUGUAUUCUGACGCGAUGCCAGAUACCCAAACAGUUAUUGGGCUUGCACACAUUAACAUAUACAACAAACAGUAGAUGGGGAUGUUUCUGGAACAAACUGGCAGAAGCCAUUGUUAGCAGACAACCUGCAACUUCAAACACAAGAAUACUCGAUUCAGCAUUAACAAAGUUUACCACACCGGAAAUUAGCCAGGAAAACAAACAUCAACUGGCUAAAUGCCCACCUGUAUCAAAUCAUAUUAUUCAAUGCCAAACGCCCUCACUUCAACCCACAAAUUCUGCAUGUGCAUCUACUUCAUCUCCAAAAUUAGAUUCUUGUGACUAUUUAAUAAAUUCUAUAGCAACAGCGUGCAAUAGCACAGACGUUGAAUCGAGAGAAAAAUCUCGGUCAAAAAAGAUGUCGUCGUUUCUUAGCAAUGUGAAAACAAAACUAUUGCCAAAAAGUGCAAAAAAGAAAAACAGCGAAAAGCAAAAGAAGAAAAUCGCGGUUGCCUUAUGAAAACUGUAUGAAUGUAAAUAAACCUUAUAAAUCA